AUGGCCAGCUUCCUAAAGUCUAUCCUCCUCCUGAUCCAACUCUCAGGCCAAGCCCUUGCGCUUCCCUACUAUGACGACCCUCCCGCGCUCACGACGACCUCCGUCAGCACCCAAGCUUCCUUCGAGCGGCCCUACGAAACACUCGCCGCCCGCCGGGAGACAAACUCGACAAAGACUUCCUUUAUGCUGAGUUGCGAGGGCUUAGCCCUUGAUAGGACCAAUGGCCUGACCAAGUCGCCCCGGCUGUCCGCAAAUUGCCGACAGUUGAACGGCAGCACCCGGUGCGCCAGCAUCAACCUGAGCAACUGCAUCGCCAGCCGAGGGGGCACAUUGCGAUGGGAAAGGGACGGCAACUUCCACACCUCAUGCUGGGGGUGUGCACUCUACGGUAUUAAUCCUGGUUCUAUCACCUGCAAAUGCUACAAAGGCAAUGAUACGGUUGAUUAUACCUCCAUCUGGCUCCGUAAGUGA